GAGCGAGGCCAGGGGCGGGGCGCGGCCCUCGGAGCGCGGGCGGCCGGGGCGCUGCUGCGGGCGUCUGGGCCCUAGGGGCUCAGCGCGCGCGCCGGCCGCCCUUCAGCUCCGGGACGGGCCCAACGGGCACGCGCUCCCGCCGCGCGCCGCCGCCCCGCCGCGCGCUCCCGCCCUUGCCGCGCACCCGCGCACGGGAAGAAGCUGCCGGCUCCAGUCUCGCCGACCUGCACCAUGCCCCGCAUAGAUGCGGACCUCAAGCUGGACUUCCAGGACGUCCUGCUCCGACCCAAGCGAAGCAGCCUCAGGAGCCGAGCUGAGGCUAUGUUCUAUAUCCUCAGGAUCCUGGAUUUCCCCGCCCAAGGGACUGGAUGCUGAUUCCAAGGUGGAUCUUGAGCGUACCUUCACAUUUCGAAACUCGAAGCAGACCUACUCAGGGAUUCCCAUCAUUGUGGCCAACAUGGACACCGUCGGGACAUUUAAGAUGGCAGCAGUGAUGUCACAGCACUCCAUGUUUACAGCGAUUCAUAAGCAUUACACCCUGGAUGACUGGAAGCUCUUUGCUGCUAAUCACCCUAAAUGCCUGCAGCAUGUAGCUGUGAGUUCGGGCAGUGGGACUAACGAUCUGGAAAAGAUGAGCAGCAUCCUGGAAGCUGUGCCGCAGAUUAAGUUUAUUUGCCUAGACGUGGCCAAUGGGUAUUCAGAACAUUUUGUGGAAUUCGUGAAACUCGUCCGUGAUAGAUUUCCAGAACACACCAUUAUGGCAGGGAACGUGGUGACAGGGGAGAUGGUAGAAGAGCUUAUUAUUUCCGGAGCAGAUAUAAUCAAAGUGGGAGUUGGACCAGGCUCCGUGUGCACCACCCGCACCAAGACGGGGGUGGGCUACCCCCAGCUGAGCGCUGUGAUCGAGUGCGGGGACUCCGCCCAUGGCCUGAAGGGGCACAUCAUCUCGGAUGGAGGCUGCACUUGUCCAGGAGAUGUCGCCAAAGCCUUUGGAGCUGGAGCUGACUUUGUUAUGCUGGGAGGGAUGUUUGCGGGCCACACGGAGUGUGCUGGGGAAGUGAUCGAGAGGAACGGGCAGAAGCUCAAACUCUUCUAUGGGAUGAGCUCAGAGACGGCGAUGGAGAAGCACGCAGGGGGAGUCGCCGAGUACAGAGCCUCUGAGGGCAAGACUGUGGAAGUGCCUUACAAAGGAGACGUGGAAAAUACUAUCCUGGAUAUUCUUGGGGGACUGAGGUCCACCUGCACCUAUGUGGGGGCCGCCAAACUCAAAGAGCUGAGCAAGAGGGCGACGUUCAUCAGGGUGACCCAGCAGCAUAACACAGUGUUCAGCUGACCUUGAGGGUGAGGUGACACGUGGCACCCAGAUGCUCCCCCACACACCCGCUUGCCUGUCUCCCUGUUACGCCAGUGUUUCUGGCUGCUCCUGGAGGGUGGACUGCUCCUCCUUCCCCCUCCUGCCACUCGGAGGCUUUGGGGCCCCCUAGUGCCUUCUGGGGACCUGGAAGCAGGGCACUGACGGGGUCAGUGGUCAGAGCCCAGCUGCCCAUGAUGCAUAACUUCAUUGUUAAAACUAACACUCCCACCUUCUUUUUUAAAAAGAACAUAGUUUCACUUUAAUAUAAUGCUAUUAUCUUAACAUUU